CAGUAGCCAGUAGGUUAUAAAAAGAGAAGAAGAGAAACAGAGACGCAAAAAAGUGAAAAGAAAGAUAAUAAAUGGGUUGGAAAGGGAUUCUGGGUUUUGAAUAUGGAAUUGUUCAGGGGCCACUGGGACCUGAUAUUUCAGGUCCAGAGCUUGUAGCUGCUGUUGCUAAUGCUGGUGGAAUCGGUCUCUUAAGAGCCCCUGAUUGGGAAUCACCUGAUCACUUAAGGGAGUUAAUAGGGAAGACCAGAGCAUUAACGGACAAACCAUUUGUUGGUGUUGUUCUGGAAUUCCCCCAUGAAGAAAAUAUAAAGGCUAUAUUGAAAGAAAAAGUUGCAGUUCUGCAAAUUUCAUGGGGUAAAUGUUCAAAAGAGCUUGUACACGAAGCUCAUUGUGCUGGGGUAAAAAUUGUUCCCCAAGUCGGGAGUUUUGAUGAAGCUAAAAAAGCAAUUGAAGCAUGUGCAGAUGCGAUUAUUGUCCAAGGACGGGAAGCCGGAGGGCAUGUACUUGGUCAGGAUAGUAUAAUUUCAUUGUUACCAAGGGUUGUUGAUCUUGUCGGCGAUCGAGAUAUUCCUGUAAUAGCUGCAGGGGGAAUUGCUGAUGCUCGUGGUUACGUUGCCGCUCUGGCGCUUGGUGCUCGAGGUGUCUGCCUGGGAACAAGAUUUGUUGCAAGUCUGGAAAGCAACGCGCAUCCUACAUACAAGAGGAUGUUGGUUGAACUCGACGAAACCGAAUAUACCGAUGUCUAUGGCAGGGCAAGAUGGCCUGCACCGCAACGCGCUCUGAGAACACCUUUCUUCAAUAAUUUGGGAACCAUUCCUGCUGAUGAAAAUGAAUUAAACCAGCCAGUGAUUGGUCAUUCAAUAAUUCAUGGCAUGGAGAAAGACGUUCGACGUUUAGCAGGUACUGUUCCAAAUGAGUCGGCAACGGGUGAUAUUGAGAGUAUGGCAAUGUAUGCCGGCCAAGGAACUGCUCUCAUCAAAGAAAUCUUACCUGCAGGAGAAAUAAUAAAGAGGCUGGUUGAGGGCGCUCAGCUUCUAAUCCAUAAACAAUUUAAUUAGUGGCCUGGGAUUAUGAAGGUGUCCAGCCUUGGUGAUAAAUUGGUUUGUAUCCAAAAUCGAGAGUUUCUCAUAGCAGCUGGGGGAUUUGUGAAAUUUAAAGCUGAAUUAGUAAAUUUGGUAAACAAAUAAAAAGAUAUAAAUCAUGGAUUUAUUUCAUAUGCGGCUUCAAAGAUCAAACAUGGAUGUCAGUUUAAGUGACUUUGACCCAUUAAAAUGGUUGGCUGCAUUUUUAAUAUAUUGGGAAAGUUGAGGCCGUUUAUUUUU